AUGUGCGGCCCAGAUACCUGCACCAAGCCCCGAGGCGGCGCUUUGGCUGUUCUCAACCAACCUUGCAGCCAGCACAGCCCGACAACACCGAAACAGCGCCUUCGCGGAGAUCUCGCUUUUCAUACGCCUGGUCAACCGGGAUGCUCUUUGGCGACCCAUGCACGAAUCACAGGCGGCGAAGGUUGCGAUUUACAGUCGUUGUCCGAGAUGAUUGUCGUGAUACAUCAGUCCGGUGACCUCACUCGUAAACUUGAAGAUUGCGGCUUGUUCGAAUGCUUCGCCUUCUCCGGUGCCUCGAUCCUCGAGAACGGUUCUAUACUGGAGUUGGCGUUGAAAAGGCCAGUCUCGCUGGAAGUCGGCGAUGAUGGCAUCAUUGGCCGUAGAGUUUCUGUCUUUCCAGGAACAGGAAUGGAUCAUGCAUGCGCCGAGGGCAUCGUUGGCUUCAAUUUUGUCCACGCAUUCGAGAUUGGCGUUCAGUAUUCAUUUAUGAUUUUAGUUCGUGGACUACCUUGGACUUUCCAUGCACUCUGUGUCUCCGGAUACUCGAAUCUAGACACAUCGAUUCACGAGACAUACGACACACCCAUCUGUGUUUCCAAUUUACUCGCGAUUCUCUUCAUUCAAUGGCCUUACCUCACAUUACCGAAACAUCCUCGCGCGUGGCCGUUUGGGCUUUUAAGUACCAAGACACCUUCGGCCAAGAACGCCGAAGCUCUAUCUUCAAGAUGCAUUAGCAUCUUGCUACAUCUUCGACCAUUGUCGGUGACAGGAAUAUCCGAGAAACCAUGA